CUCUCUCUCUCUCUCUCUCUCUCCCACCACACUCAGAUAAAAUGAAAAUAAAACAGGUCUGAAAUAAUAUCGGUUUAAAGAGAAACCCCGCGUGCCUCCAGGUCCGGAUUUUUCGAGCUCGACCAAUAGCGAGCCGCACGCACACGCACACACGCACACGCACGCGCUGCACCGGGUGUGAUGCUCGUGAGGCCACGGAGGCGACAGAGGCGCGAGCUGUUUUCAGAUCCGGAUUUUUUCCGUCGAUACGCGGAAUUAUUCCAUAAGCGCGAGCUUUCUGAAGCCAGGAACGGUGACGCAUUUCCACAGAACUGAGAGCUCGCGCACCUGCACCGCGGGAACGGAGCGGAAACCCGAGUGAUGAGCGGCGGAGUGUACGGAGGAGAUGAAGUUGGAGCGUUGGUGUUUGAUAUCGGCUCUUUCUCCACCAGAGCAGGUUACGCUGGAGAGGACUGCCCAAAGGCCGACUUCCCCACAUCACUAGGUGUGCACGUGGAGGAGGCAGGACCUGGAGAAAUGGCAGCAGAGCAAGAGAACAAUGGGCGGAGCUUUUACCUUGACACCACAGCACUGCAUGUUCCCCGAGCUGAAGUUGAGCUGAUAUCACCUCUAAAGAACGGCAUGAUUGAAGAUUGGGAAGGUUUUCAGGCUAUAAUGGAUCAUGUUUACAGUAAACAUAUUAAGUCUGAACCCGGCCUGCAUCCAGUGCUCAUGUCUGAGGCUCCAUGGAACUCACGGGCUAAGAGAGAGAAGCUUACUGAGCUGAUGUUUGAACACUACAACAUCCCUGCCUUCUUUCUCUGCAAAACUGCAGUGCUAACAGCUUUUGCGAAUGGACGUGCCACUGGACUUGUAUUGGACAGUGGAGCAACACACACGACGGCCAUCCCAGUGCAUGAUGGGUACGUCCUACAGCAAGGUAUAGUGAAAUCUCCUCUGGCCGGUGACUUCAUCACAAUGCAGUGUAGAGAAAUGUUCCAGGAGAUGAACAUCGACAUCAUUCCACCUUACACCAUUGCUUCCAAGGAGCCUGUGAGAGAGGGAGCUCCUCCAGUGUGGAUGAAGAAAGACAAACUGCCUCCUGUCACAAAGUCCUGGCACACAUAUAUGUGUAAUGAGGUGAUUCAGGAUUUUCAGGCUUCAGUGCUUCAAGUUUCUGACUCACCAUAUGAUGAACAGGUUGCAGCUCAGAUGCCCACGCUGCACUAUGAGAUGCCAAGUGGAUAUAAUGCGGAUUAUGGAGCAGAGCGGUUGCGAAUUCCUGAAGGUCUGUUUGAUCCAUCUAACGUUAAGGGUUUGUCGGGUAACACCAUGCUAGGAGUCGGGCACGUUGUCACCACCAGCAUUGGCAUGUGUGACAUCGACAUCAGACCUGUACGUUCCCUACACAGCUUUCUACAAACAGGUCUUUGUGGUCUGUAUGGGAGUGUCAUUGUAACAGGUGGAAAUACUUUGCUGCAAGGAUUCACUGAAAGACUCAAUAGGGAGCUAUCACAGAAAGCACCGCCUAGUAUGAGGCUGAAGCUGAUCGCAAGUAACAGUUCGAUGGAGCGACGCUUCAGUUCGUGGAUCGGUGGCUCGAUUUUGGCGUCGCUGGGCACUUUCCAGCAAAUGUGGAUCUCGAAGCAGGAAUAUGACGAGGGCGGGAAACAGAGUGUGGAGAGAAAAUGUCCCUGAAACACACAGCAAUAAAAAACAUCUAACACUGACGGAAAUUGAUUUCCAAUAAAGUUAAACUCAUUGUUCAA